GUGGUCAGUACUAAUCCAGUUCCUACGCAGAGCGGUCGAUUGAGGUCCAGCACAGUAGUUCAGCUGUCAAGUGGUUUAAUUAUUUCUAAAUAAGCGCUUUCAUGUUGAAUCAGGUUUAAGUUACCGGAAAUAAGUUCAACCAGUCACAUCCAGCUGGCAAUCCUGUUGGCGAAUUUCUCAGAACGGCGAGCGCUCUAGAACGAACGAUCAUAACGUGUUACACCUUGAUUUCCAUUUAGGCGCGAUCGUUCACUCAAGUGGUUUACGCGAGAUUGCGUGUGAAUUUGAAUAUACGGCGGAAGUCGUAGGUUGUGGUCCUUUCGCUGCAAUCGGUUAUAAUUAUUGCAAAAGUUUGGAACCACAGGGACAAAGCUUUGGACUUGCAAAGAUGAGUGACAACGUUUACGCGAAUGGUGUAACGGCAACCGUCGGUGAAUGCAACGGGAAUGGAUCUACGCUGACCAACGGUACGAUGACCGCGACACCGGUUAACGACAAUGAGAAGAUUGCAGGCGUUUUCUACAAUGCGCGGGAAGAUGCAUGGUACACCUACGACAUGCUGCAGGAAAUCGCCAACCAUCUGCUGUCGCGGACGGAACUCCGGCCAAAGAUCGGUAUUAUUCUGGGAACGGGCCUGGGAUCGCUGGCCAAUCAACUAACCGAUGCGGACUACAUCGACUAUCAAACCAUCCCGCACUUCCCGGUAUCGACCGUGGACGGCCACGUGGGGCGACUGAUCUUCGGCUAUCUCAAGGGUGUUCCGGUUAUGUGUAUGCAGGGCCGAUUCCACUACUACGAAGGGUAUCCACUGGCAAAGUGCUCGAUGCCGGUCCGUGUGAUGAAGCUGGUUGGUUGUAGUCAUCUAAUCGCCACAAAUGCUGCUGGAGGUAUCAAUCCAAAAUACAAAGUCGGUGAUAUCAUGCUCAUGAAGGAUCACAUCAACAUCAUGGGGUUCGCCGGAAACAAUCCUCUGCAAGGUGCCAAUGAUGGUCGCUUUGGCCCCAGAUUCCCGAACAUGGUGAAUGCCUACGACUGGAAGCUGCUGAAGAAGGCAAAGGAAAUUGGCAAAGAUAUCGGCAUCACUAACAAUCUACACGAGGGCGUGUACAUUUGUUUGGGUGGUCCCAAUUUCGAAACCGUCGCGGAACUCAAGAUGCUUCAAAUCUGGGGCGUGGAUGCUGUCGGAAUGUCCACCGUGCAUGAAAUAACCACUGCCGUUCACUGUGGCAUGACUUGUUUUGCGUUCAGCUUAAUCACUAAUCUCUGUGUGCCGGAGUACGAUGUCGAGGAAACCCCCUGCCACGACGAUAUCAAAGAGAUCGGUAAAAGUCGGGAAUCGACGUUGACGGAACUGGUGGCACGAAUGGCGAAGCACAUUCAAAUGGAACUGAAGAAGUGAAGCGUCACAUUCCACCACAUAAUAUACAGAAACGAUCGUCUUUUCUAUACAUUAGGACAAUUGUGUGUGCUUAGGAUCUAAUCUAAUUUAGAAAUAUUUGCGUCGAAUAGUUCGAUUUGCCAUCAUUGUUCUAUUGUUCUAUACCUGAGAUUCACUAGCAUGUAAGACAUUCGAUAUCGAUUCAUUCAGAAAGACUCUAGUAAUGUUAUUAUAAGAUUUGAAAUUUUUACAAUAAAUUUUCAUACAAUAAUCUCAA